CCUUACUGUCCCAGAUGGACCGGGCUCUGCCGUGCCCGCUGCCCGCAUCCGGCCCACAGCUCCCUACCUGAAGCAGCAGCCGCCUCCUCGGGUCGGGCGCCGCACCCCCGGGCUCACAGCGCUCGGGCCGCGCGGGGCCCGGCGGAGUCCCGGGGGGCUGCGGGCCGCAGGAGGGCAGAGGCUCGAGCGCCUCGCAGCACACCAGGCUCACGGUGCAGCCCAUCCGGCCCGGGACCCGGCGGGCCCGGGGCGGGGACGCGGACUACCCGCGAGCCGGCCCGCCCCCAGCCCCAGCGACCUCUCGGCCCCAGGCGUCUGCGACGUGGGGAAGAAGGGCGACGCCCCCGGCCCGCCCCGUCGGAGUCCGCCUCCGCCUCCGCCACCGCUCCGCCAGGCAGUGGGAGUGCGGGGCCUGGAGAGGGGCGGCGACAGGGACGCUGGAGGCAGAAGUGACAUGCCAGCCUGGCCUAGAAAAAGGAUGACCCCAGCACCAGGAAGCUGAAAGAGCAGCGGGAAAGACCACCCUACACCGAGCGAGCCGCCCACCUGGCGUUUCCAUCCCCAGGAAGUGGGUACCAGGGCUGGAAGGAAGGCACCACAACACUGACUGGGAUCCCGCAGCUGGCUGGGGGUUGGUCCAGCCCCCUUCAGGCUGGGCUGAGUCACUCCCCAGGCAGGAGAGCUGGAAAAGACUGUGCAGAGCCCACAGUCACAAGGGACAUACUCAGGCUACAGAAUCCUCCUGCCCACAUCCCAAACAGACAAGCUUUUCUCAGUCUAAGCUCUCAUCCCAUCUGUGUGUAAGGAAAGCAAGCAGGUGAACCCAGAGGAUCACAGGGAAUCCCAUCACUUCAUGGCCAACAACGGGACCAUCCUCAAGAUCAGCAGGAGCCUGAAAAAUGCCGUCUCUGCCAUCCUCCAGGGAUAUGGGGAUGGGCAGGGGCCAGUGACAGACACCAGCGCUGAGCUACACAGACUCUGUGGCUGCCUGGAGCUGCUACUGCAGUUUGAUCAGAAAGAGCAGAGGAGCUUCCUGGGGGCCCGGAAGGAUUACUGGGACUUCCUAUUCACUGCCCUUCGACGGCACCGGGGAUACACAGAGCAGAUAAGCUUCAUAUGCUCACAGGACAAGCUGAAGACCUCACUAGGAAAAGGCCGUGCCUUUAUCCGACUCUGCCUUGCCCGCGGCCAGCUGGCUGAGUCGAUGCAGCUGUGCCUCCUGAACCCACAACUCACCAGGGACUGGUAUGGCCCUCGGAGCCCUCUGUUGUGCCCUGAGCUCCAGGAAGACAUCUUGGACUCUCUCUAUGCCCUCAAUGGAGUUGCCUUCAACUUGGACCUGCAGCGGCCAGACCUGGAUGAAGCCUGGCCCAUGUUCUCAGAGUCCCGCUGUUCCAGUCCCAGCCGGACCCAGGAAAGAAGACCCAGGAAACCCAAAGGUUUUCCAGAGGAGAUGAGAAUGCAGAAAGACAAAAUCAAGUGCAGGAGAGAAGGUGAAAGGAGAAGGUGGAGGAAUUCAGGGGGAGCAAGAACAACACAGGUGAGAUGCUCCAGGGGAGAGCAGCUGCAGGAACCAGACACUGGAGAAACCAGCUGUCUGCAGGAUGCAACCGGAGAAGACCGCACCCCUGACCUCUGUAACCCCUUGCAGCCAAGCCAUCUCCCCACCUUUCUGGAAGAGAAGAGGGAGGAUUCUGGAAGCCUCAGUUGUCCCCAGAGCACUUGGGAAACAGAAAGGGAAGGAUUUCAGCUAGACCAGAAGGAGGGAGGCCCAAAGCCCAGGAAAUUCCUGGAAAACUCAACAGCCAGCAUCCAGCAACAGAGGAGCAGGGCUAAGGAUGUUCAAAUGCAGCUGACAGGAAGGAAAGAUGAAGGAAAAGGAAGUCUGUCGGGGACAGAAGAUCAGAGAACAACAGAAGGGAUCCAGAAAAGGGCAGCAGAUUGGGACCUUGACCAGGGGCCGAUGGCCCCCAGUCUUCAGGGAAGGGAAGAAGAUGCAGAGCUAGGAUACAGGCAUGAGUGGAAUCAGCCUGAUGUUCUCAGGCAAUCCUGGGUCCUGGGAACAAAGAAAAGUUCUCUCAUGGAGAAGCCACAAGAGUGGACAGGAGUGACCAGUGUGACCAUGCAGGAGGAUCAAUCAGAAGUGCCCUUGCAGCAGGAGGUGAUCAAGGACCCUGGGUAUGGGCUCCAGCUGGCAGAGGAACAGGCCCAGUGCCAGGAGCAGCUGCGGGCACAGGAAGCAGAACUUCAGGCGCUCCAGGAGCAGCUCAGCAGGUGUCAAAAAGAAAGAGCCCUGUUGCAAGCGAAGCUGGAGCAGAAGCAGCAGGAGGCUGAGAGGAGGGAUGCCAUGUAUCAGACGGAGCUUGAAGGGCAGAGGGACCUGGUCCAGGCCAUGAAAAGGAGGGUGUUGGAACUGAUUCAUGAGAAGGACCUUCAGUGGCAGAGACUCCAGCAGCUGUCUACUGUGGCCCCUGGACACUGCAUGGGCUGCAACAAGGUCUUUAGGCGUCUGUCUCGGCGGUAUCCUUGCAGGCUCUGUGGAGGCCUGGUUUGCCACGCCUGCUCUGUAGACUACAAGAAGAGAGAGCGUUGCUGCCCAGCCUGUGCCCAGCAGGAAGAAAUCCAGGUCACCUGACAGCACAAGGAAACUAAGACCAGCCGUCCCACCAGUUCACUCUCCCUGUUUCUCUUCCCAACCCUGAUAUCUGACUACUCUUUUCUUCUGCAAGCUGGGGCCCCAGCACUGCUGUGGAGGACCAGAGGGAACAGCUGGCAGUCCACAGAUAGGCCUAGCUCUGUGUUCCUGUGGAAGGGGCUGAGGGGAACAUGCCAAAGCUCUAGAAGCAUUGUGUCUGAUGAGGAAGACAUGCCAUAACCUCUCUGUAAAGUCCCUUGAAGCACAGUGAGUCGUGACCAUGAAUAAGAGCAGCCCAGGGCCCAGAUGUUUCCUAGAUGCCCUCCCCCAUCACCCAUAAGAAGCGAAGCCCAAAUACACUGGGCUCUUCAGGAACCUCCCCUCCAAUCUCCUUCAGAGAUCAUUGCCUUAUCUUGUGUUUCACAGAUUUACUGAGUCGUUGUUGACAUAGAAUAAACAUUGUGUAAGUGUGAUGGGGUUUCACUCUAACACACAUCUGUCACGCCAUCUCUAGACACAGGCAUCAGAUCCAAGGCUUCUGCAUCAUCCUCCAGCUGCUACCUCCAUGCUGAGGCGACCUAAGGAAAGGGGAUAACAUUUGAAAUGUAAAUAAAGAAAAUAUCUAAUUAAGAAAGAAA